GAGAGAGGUACUCAAGUUAACAGGUGAUUGAACAGAGAAUUUUGUAUACGGGAAUAAAAAAAACCAAAGUGCGUGAAAAAGUCUGCAAUGAACAGUGAUGAGUACGAAGGAGAAAUUUUAAGGCUCAAUCAAAAAAUCAAGGAACUCCUGGCUACAGCUGAGAAAGUUACUCGACAGAACACCGCCCUAUUUCGUGAGAAUAAACUCCUAAAUGCUGAUUGUGUAAAUUUGAGGCGAGAAAAUAUGGAAAAUUCCACAAUUAAUCUUCAGCUGCGACUUGAUUUGGAGGCAGUGACGAAGCAACGAGAUGAUUUGCAUGAGGUGAAUCAGAAGUUGAAGGAAAAUGUGAAUAGAUUGUCGGAGAGAUUGCGGAGUCAAGGUGAGAAAAUCGCAAAGAUGGAACAGAUGAUUCGUAGUCAGACAAAUACGGUGAAAAUGCAGGCGGAUGAAUUGAAGGCAUUCAAAUCACGUCCUGAAGUUAUCCGUGGUCUCUCUGACCUUCCAACCCAUCUAACGCGGGCCAGCCACACCACCACCGACCACAUGCGUGAGGAGGUGAACAGCCUGGAGGAGAAACUCGAUGAGGCAUACGAUGUAAUUGAGGGGUUGGAAUUCGAAUUGGAGAGUUUGGAUUUUCUCGAGGCAGAGCACGAACGUAUGGAGAAUGAAAUUAAAGAGCUAAAGCGUGAAAUUCGGCAUCUUAAAGACACAAAUCUCCAGCAACAAAGUGAUUCUGCCGAUGAGACUGAUGGAGCUUGCAUGUCUACUGUUGAUCCGGAGAAGAAGCAUCGUCGUGAGAUGUUGCACAAGAAACUCGAGUGCCUUCAUUUGAAGCAACAUAAAGCAGAAGAAUAAAUCGCCAUGACCUACGACCUAUCGAAUAUUCUGCAAAAGCUUUCAACAAUAGAAAAAAAAAUCAAGAGCUUUUUUUUUAUCUAUUUGUGUCGCUUUUUUAUGGGGAAAACCAACCAUUACAUGUUCCAUUUUUUUACACAUUUUACAAAUGAUUAAUUACAACUCAAUAUGGGUCACAUUGUGGAUGAAAAUCUAAAUCCCCAAAUACUUGGGGGUGGAGGGUUUAAUACAAAAUUAGAAUGAGAUGUAUAUCACAGAUUUUGUCAAUUUGCAACAAUUUUCCACAAAACCAACAUCCACAUUUCAGUUAUUCAGGUACUUUGCUGUCCAAUCAGUCCUAAUGUUUGAAUUGUUGGUCUCCCUCUUGGUAGGUACAACACCACCUUCGAAACCUUUAGUAAAACAGGCAGUGGAAAGGGAAAAGGCGUAGGGUUAGGCAUUGAAUACAGAUGACCAAUAAAUCAUGCUAAUAUAUAUACUUAUAUCACGGACAAUCCAACUUAGACUUUUACCGUCAUUUAUACGUCCACCUUCCUCCCACGGGAAUGCCUUAACACCCCCAUUGAUAUGGUAUUCAUUGGGUACAUUCGUACGGAAUGGUUGAUGAUUCAAGAAGGACCUGGAAAUGAGAUAAGAAUUAAUUUGAUAGGUUUGUCCCCCGUAUAGCGGAUAAAAAUGUUGGGGAAAUAAGGUGAUUUCUCCCACUUGUUUCGAUUGUUGACCACAAAUUCUUGGUGAUGAUUGGUGUAGUGGCUCCUCUUGGACGCACUUCGUCCAUCAUCGUCCUCAAAUAGUCCAUUCAGCACGAGAUUAUUGCGAUAGCUGUUGGAUUUGGCAAGUGGCACAGUGUUGGGAUACUUGGACCCACUGCUGUCCUUCCCCAAGGAUACCGUCCCAAAUAAAUCCUCAAGCUUAAUCGACGACAGAGGUUUCUGAUGGUAAUCCCCUCGAACUCUCUUUGUGUUUAUCUUGCUUCUUUUUUUUCCAUCAUCAUCAUCAUGGGCCCAAAAAACAUGGAAUUAGAAAUACAAAAUAUAUAUAAAACCCAACGUUAGGUCGCUAAUUUUUUUCUCUUCUUUCUGUGCCUGGGAGGUAGGAAAAGACCGAGAAGCAAUUAAAUCCCUUUUUCGUGGGAAAUUCACAUUUUCAAUCGAUUUGUGCUACAAAAGACCAAAUUAAACUGCAAACAAGUCAAAUAGUUCCGGUUAAAUUAUCUCUUAAACAUCUAUGUGGGAUUUUCCUCGUCCUUUUGCUACGUAGAAUUCUCCCCCACCCAGUAAAUCCCAUAUCGAUUUCCCCGCAGGAAAAUAUCCAUGAAAUCUCUUCCUAUCCACACCAAGGGGUGAAUAGCUAUACACACAUAUAUACAAAAUGCACCUUCAGCAGAAACAAAAACAAACCCCCCAUCCCCCUUCACACAUAAAAACAAUUAAGGAAAAAGUUUUUUGAAAAUGUUGCUCAUUAUCCUUAAAUUUUAUAAAUUCCUCGGGGGUAUCAUUUUAAAUAAAAUGAAUAUCAUGCAAUAUAGAGGAAUGUUGGUAUGGUCAUGAAAUACCUUGACCUAAAAGAGAAAUAUUGUAUGACUCUCUCAGGAGCAAUUACGUUGUUUUCAUUGCUCAGAUUUUGUGCGGCACACCUAUUUAUCACGGAAGCAUAUAGCAUAGUUACCUUUUGUAUUAAAUUAAAUAUUCAACUUGAAAUGAAAUUAUUUUCGUGUACCAGAAAUUGUUUAUUUGAACGAAAAACUUAAUUUCCACGAGAGAACCUUUGGUGAGGAUAAAAUGGGCGAUAAAAGGCAAAAAUUACAAGAAAUUGCAUUUUAAAAGACUACACAGCGUGUACAAGUAAUGUGUGAAUUUAUAUUUGUAAAUAAGAAUUAAGUUUUUUAUGUAUUGCGUGCUAGGGUGCAGUUAAAAAAAAUUAUUCGAUAGAAUUAUCAUUUGUAAUUGAAAUAAAAUGUUCUUGUUAUACCAAUAAAAUGAGAUUAAUAUCAAAA